CAAAGCAAAGCACAUAAAGAAAGUUGUCUCAAAUGGCUCAAUAUAGCCCACAUCUCAUUUUCAUUGCCCUCCUCUUAGGGCUACUCCAAAUAAUGGUUGCUGCAGCUCCAACUCCUUAUCCAACUACCCCCGAAAUCCCUUAUCCUCCAACAAUACCAACUGCUCCAACACCAACAACACCUUCUCCAACACUCCCAACACCAUCACCUCCUACUAUUUCACCACCAAUAACACCAUCCCCAAAAGCUCCAAAACCAUCACCUUCUACUCCAAAACCCCCUAAACCAACACCUUCUCCAAAACCCCACAAACCAUCACCUUCUACUCCAAAACACCCAGAGCCAUCGCCUUCUACUCCAAAAAACCCAAAGCCAUCACCUAGUACUCCAUCACCCACAAAACCUUCUCCAAAAGUCCCAACACCGUCACCUUAUCCUCCAACAACACCUUCUCCAAAACCCACAACACCAUCACCCACAACACCUUCUCCAAAACCCCCAACGCCAUCACCUGUAACACCUUCUCCAAAACCUCCAACACCAUCAACGCCAUCUCCCACCACUCCAACACCAUCACCAUCGACACCUUAUCCAACACCCCCAAAACCGUCACCACCGGUAACGCCAUCACCAGCACCACCUACCCCUACUCCAUCUCCGACAACCCCUUCCACACCUCCAUCUCCAUCAUCACCAACACCUCAUACUCCUUAUCCUACCCCAACCCAAUCUGAUGGUGCUGGAGUCAAGAGAGCUAAAUGUUGGAACAAGAACUAUCCUCAAUGUUACAAUACUGAACAUGUAUGUCCCAACUCUUGCCCUGGUGGAUGUGAGGUUGAUUGUGUUACUUGCAAGCCAGUUUGUAAAUGUGACCAACCUGGAGCAGUGUGUCAAGAUCCUCGUUUCAUAGGUGGGGAUGGCAUCACUUUCUACUUUCAUGGCAAGAAAGAUCACGACUUUUGCCUAUUAUCUGACUCUAACCUCCAUAUAAAUGCACAUUUCAUUGGAAAACGUAACUCGAAUAUGAAAAGAGAUUUCACUUGGGUUCAAUCAAUUGGAAUUCUCUUUGGUAAGCACCAACUCUCCAUUGGCGCACUUAAAACAGAAACAUGGGAUGACUCAGUUGACCGUCUCUUCAUCACCUUCGAUGGUGAGCCAAUUAUCCUACCAGAAUCUAAAGGUGCUAAGUGGCAAUCCAAUAGUGUCCCAAGAAUUUUUGUAGCAAGAGGUGUUAACACCAACAAUGUGAUGGUGGAGGUUGAUAGAGUCCUUAGAAUUACAGCAAAUGUUGUGCCUAUAACUAAGGAGGACUCAAAAAUUCACAAUUAUGGUAUAACGAAAGAGGAUACUUUUGCCCAUCUCGAACUUAGAUUCAAGUUCUUCUCUUUAAGUAACGAAGUAAGUGGUGUGUUAGGCCAAACAUAUAGGCCAGACUACACGAGUCGUAUGAAUGUUGGGGCAAAAAUGCCUGUAAUGGGUGGAGAAAGAGACUUUAAAACUUCAAACUUGUUUGCCACUGAUUGUGCUGUUGCAAGGUUUAAUGGAAUCAACAAUGAAGAUGAAGAUACUUUGGAAGGUUUAGAUCUACCAAGUUUACGUUGUGGCAGUGGAAUAAAUGGACAAGGAGUUGUCUGCAAGAAAUGAGAUGAACUUUCUUUAUAUUUUCAUAAAUGGUAAUAUUCAUUUUUCAGCAAAUAAAGUAAUUACAAAAAUAUGGAAAGUUAAUGAGACUAUUCAUUGUAAUUUGUUCU